AUCGAUAGAGGUCUUCCAUAAUAGUUCUGAUAAUUUAAAAAUAUAUAUGCGAGCUAUGCAUAUCAAGUGUUUUAUACUUUAUGACUUAAAUACUUACCUGAAAUAUUUGUUUAAUAAAUCUCGUAUCGCAGUGAUAUUCAAACAUUGUAGUCUUAUGAAAAUAUUAUUUGCACAGUGUACCUAAUAAUCUAUCUGUUCCAGUCCUAACGUUGUUCUCCGUCCUUAAUUAUUUCUGUCGGCAUUGAAUCCCCAGUAAGCAAGUCCUUAUAUGUGGCUCAUUACAUACUAGCCGUUCUAUUAAUAUUGUUUUUCCCGAUAUUAAACUGUGUUUCAUAGCUCUGUAGAAUAUCUACUAUCUAUAAAAUUAUUAAUAUCUGUAGAAUUGAUAACAGGUAUGAGCAUUGUUAGUUAUCACGUUGAAACACGAAGGAUACCGACAUUUUUUUGAUGCCAUUGUUUUAUAUGUUUUUAGUUUUCGACAUGUGUUUGUGUUAGUUACAAGUGUAGUGAUUUUUUGAAUAGUGUUGAUGACAGGGGAUGGAAGAUAAAUCUACUUUACUUCGUGACUGUAAUUUUUUCCUGUCCUAUAAAUUAUAUAAGUAACUGAAAAUGCAAAUAAAACGAGAUGCAUCUACGGCGAGUGCCUUUACAAAGUUCCGAUUGCUCAUGUGGAAAAACUUCUUGCAACAAUGGCGACAUCGAUGGCAGACUCUGAUCGAGUUAAUACUCCCAGUCGGCACUAUGGCAUUAGUACUGAUCCUUCGUAUGGAAAUAGAGCCAGUAAAUCGAGAUGUCAUGAGUUAUCCACCCAUACCUGCGCACACAUUUAACUACUCCUUGCCCGUCCUAACGGGCAUGAAUAUAACCGAAUUGUCUAUAGCGUACUCGCCAACGAGCCCAGUGCUUGAGGAUGUUGUGCGCACAGCAGUGGUUGAUUUGUUUAUUUUAAAUAUAAAAGAUAUCAUAUCGCUUAUACUAGACCAAAUUUCGGAAUUUCCAGAUAUUCCUAUAGAAAUUCCACCUGAUUUAGAUAUUAAUUCAACAUUGAUUUACGAGUUAGCGAAAUCACUUAUAAAAGUACGGGCAUAUGAUAGUAGUAACGACCUUAGGGGCAUAUACAUAGAUGAAAUAUAUACUCGGAAAGUCUUGGCUGCCGUAGAGUUUGAUGAUGAGUUGUUAGGAACAACUGCAUUGCCAAGGGACGUCAAAUAUGCUUUGCGUUUUCCGGAAAGGCCUCGCUUGAAUUCAUUCCUUGCCAUGGGCGGAUUGACUUGGCGAACAGAUUAUAUCUUUCCAUUCUUUCAAGUUCCUGGACCGAGGUUUCCAUAUUCUUGGGAAGGGGGUAACGAUCCAGGAUAUGUCAACGAAUUGUUUAUUGCCAUACAACAUUCAAUCUCAAUGGAAUUAGUUUCUCGACUGACCAAUACAAAUUUAAAAAACUUUACCGUCAACAUACAGAGAUACCCUCAUCCAAGCUUCGUAGAAGAUUUGGCUGUUGAAGCACUUAAUAUUAUAUUUCCUAUGUUCGUAAUGAUCAGCUUUAGUUAUACAGCUGUUAAUAUAGUUCGUGCUGUUACUCUUGAAAAAGAAAAUCAAUUAAAGGAAAUUAUGAAAAUCAUGGGUCUACCCACAUGGUUGCAUUGGACUGCGUGGUUUUUUAAACAGUUUUUAUACAUGUUAAUCAUAGCAGGACUACUCGUAAUACUUCUUAAGAUUAAUUGGUUUACUAAUGAAGAGGGAUUUAGCGAUUAUGCGGUAUUUACAAAUACACCAUGGACGGUGUUAUUAUUUUUUAUUACUCUCUAUUUAACGUGUAUGGUGUUCUUUUGUUUUAUGCUCAGUGGAUUCUUUAGCAAAGCUAGCACGGCAGCUCUUUUCACAGGAGUUAUAUGGUUCUUAACAUACGUACCAUCGUUUCUGCUUAGUAUGGAGACGGAAAUUUCCCCAUACGUUCAAGCACUUACUUGUCUCACUAUUAAUUCUGCAAUGUCAUACGGUUUCCAAUUACUUAUUUCAAUGGAAACCUUAGGUGGUAUGACAUGGGGAAACUUCUUCAGUACACAUACGCUUGAUUCGAAUAGAUUUUUGUUCGGCCACGUAGUUAUUAUGCUGGCGAUAAACUGUGUACUCUAUAUGCUGAUCGCUCUUUAUUUGGAACAAGUACUUCCUGGACCCUGGGGCACACCGCAACCGUGGUAUUUCCCUUUCCAAAAAUCGUUCUGGUUUCCAUCGUCUGUUAAUAAUUCAGACAUAUCAAUUGAAAAUAUCGAGACAAUUGCUGUGAAAGAAGAUGAACCAAUGGGUCAUGAAGUGGGCGUGAAAAUUAAAAAUUUAACAAAAGUGUAUGGAAACAACAUUGCCGUAAAUAAUUUGAGUCUUAACAUUUAUGACGACCAAAUCACAGUUUUAUUGGGUCACAAUGGUGCUGGAAAGUCUACAACUAUUUCCAUGUUGACCGGUAAUGUCCCUAUAACGAAAGGCAGCGUAUGUUUGGCGGGAUAUAAUAUAUCUAAUCAACUACAAGCAGCCCGUGCUCAUCUAGGCCUCUGCCCUCAACAUAAUGUUCUAUUCAAUGAACUUACGGUGCAAGAACAUCUCGAAUUUUUUGCCAGAUUAAAAGGUUUCAGCGGGAAAGAGUUGGAUACGGAAAUUAACACGAUAAUCGAAAAAUUGGAAAUGCAGGAAAAGCGUAACUAUAUAGCUGAAGGGCUCUCGGGUGGUCAAAAGAGGAGGUUAUGUGUUGGCAUAGCAUUAAGUGGUGGAGCCCGAGUAGUGCUAUUGGAUGAACCAACUUCUGGCAUGGAUCCAGCGUCUCGAAGAGCGCUAUGGGAUCUUUUGGAAAGGGAGAAAAAAGGUCGAUCCAUGAUUCUAACAACUCAUUUUAUGGAUGAGGCCGAUUACCUUGGUGAUCGAGUGGCGAUAAUGUCAAGUGGAAGUUUACAAUGCGUCGGAUCUCCGUACUUCUUGAAAAACUAUUAUGGAGUAGGAUACACUCUAGUCGUAGUUAAGAGCGAAGGAUUCCAGUUGAAUACUUGUACACAAUUAAUUGAUAAAUACAUAGCUGGUACCGUUCCUAAAGACGAUGAUGCCGUUGAAGUAACGUAUAAAUUGCCAACUGCAUUUAGACACGUGUUUGAAGAUUUACUCAAUGAAUUGGAACAGAAUGCUGAUACUAUUCAUUAUAAAAAUUAUGGUUUGAUUGCAACCACAUUGGAAGAUGUCUUUAUGUCAGUUGGUUCUGAUGUCGAAAUCAAUUCGGUAUCGGAUGACACAGCUACAAUUGGAGACAGUUGUGAUGAUUUGAAAGACAGUGGAUUUGAUGCGUCUUCUGUUGAACAUUUGGACAAGAGCAAUGAAAAGGAAACUGGAUCUCGCUUGCUACGGCUACAAGUAAAAGCGACUUGGUAUAAGCUGUUUCUGGUCUGGUCUCGAUCCUGGGGACUGCUGCUCUUGCAAAUCCUCGUACCUGUUCUGCAGAUCAAUAUCAGUUUGGGCAUUACGAUGUAUAUUCUGGCCAAUAGGGCUAUGGUUAUACCCAGACUUUUGUCAUUAGUGCAAGGAUACCCAUCAACGGAAACUAUACUGUCCUUUAACGGUACUGAUCCUUAUUCUCUGGGAGGCUUGGCAAAAGCGGGUUACGAGUUGAUAUACCGUACUGCAGCUCUUGACUCUAUGGAACUUAUCGACGCAAAUGACAAAGCUACUGAUGAAUUUUAUUUGGAAAUGACUGAGGACCCCGUUGCAAUGGGUGUCCUUCGCAAUAAGAUCUUAAUCGGGGCAACUUUUAACGACAAUUCAGCGACAGCUUGGUUCAGCAACUUUGGCUACCAUGACGUUGCUACGUCAUUAGCCACAUUACAUACGGCUUUGCUCAAAGGAAUCGAUGCUACUGCUAAUCUUAGUGUGUACAAUCACCCGUUAGAAGCCAAUUAUAGAGAUGACACUAACAUGCAGCUUAUGCUGUCACUUUUAUCCAUGCAAGUGGCCACAGCCAUAGGCAACAGUAUGGCGAUUGCUAGUGCCGUUUUUAUCAUGUUUUAUAUUAAGGAGCGUGUGAUCCGCGCGAAGCUACUGCAGCGUGCUGCCGGCGUCCAACCAGUUGUGAUGUGGGGCGCCGCUGCGGUGUUCGAUUGGGCUUGGUUCCUUAUACUGAGUGUCACUGUUAUCAUCUCGUGUGCUGCUUUCCAAGUUAUUGGACUCAGUACGGCUACUGAACUGGGUCGCAUGUACUUAUGCCUGAUGGUGUACGGAGCUGCUAUGUUGCCACUUCACUAUUUAUUCUCACUAGUCUUCAAUGGACCAGCUGUUGGAUUCGUUCUUAUGUUCUUUGUGAAUAUACUUUUAGGUCUGAUGGGUGCUCAGAUAGUAGAAACUCUCCAAUCUCCGGUCCUCAACACUGGCCAAGUGGCCACCAUCAUGGAUUACAUACUGCAGUUCUUCCCGUUGUACAGUCUUGUUACAUCUGUCAGAUCCCUUAACCACAUCGGCAUGACGGAGUAUUCCUGCUUGGAGUUUUGUGACUAUUUGCUAUCGACAUUCCCUAAUUUACAAGAGUGCACAAUGCAAACCCUUUGCGACAAUUUAUCGCAAAACUGUUGUGUCCGUGAGAAUCCAUACUUCGAUUGGGAAGAGCCAGGAGUAAUGCGCUACCUCUUGAGUAUGAUGAUCAGUUGCGUUGUUUUCUGGACCCUCAUGAUGUUAUUGGAGUAUAAUCUGCUUCAAAGAAUUUUCACAUGGAGCAAGCACCCUCCAGCAUUCGACCCGCAGGAACUAGACCCAGAUGUGGCUAACGAGAUGGAACAUGCACAACGCACGUCGCCGGAUAAACACAGGCUGUUAGCGAGAGGACUCUCGAAGUAUUACAAGAAUAACCUCGCGGUUGAUCAGCUUUCUUUCACUGUUGGUGAAGGAGAAUGUUUUGGCCUACUCGGUGUGAACGGAGCUGGUAAGACUAGCACCUUCAAAAUGUUAAUGGGAGAUGAAUCCGUCUCUAGCGGUGAUGCUUACGUAUGCGGUUAUUCGGUUAAAUCAGAUCUCGGAAAGGUUUAUGAACACAUUGGCUAUUGCCCGCAAUUCGACGCAGUGUACAACGAGCUGACGGGCCGUGAGACGCUGCGUCUAUUCUCAACGUUACGCGGCCUCCGCGAACCGCACUGCACUGCGAGAUCUCUGAUGCUGGCACAUGCUCUAGGAUUCACUAAGCAUCUUGAUAAACGGGUGGACCAAUAUUCGGGUGGCAACAAGCGCAAGCUGAGCACGGCGCUGUCGCUGGUGGGCGGCGCGCGGCUGGUGUUCGUGGACGAGCCCACGACGGGCGUGGACCCCGCCGCCAAGCGGCAGGUGUGGCGCGCGCUAAGGACCGCCAGGCGAGCGAACACGUCAUUCGUGCUGACGUCACACAGCAUGGAGGAGUGCGAGGCGCUGUGCUCGCGGCUCACGGUGAUGGUCCGCGGACGCUUCCAGUGUCUCGGAUCUCCACAGUACUUGAAGAAUAAAUUCUCUCAAGGAUUCACUUUGACGAUAAAGGUUAAAACACUUGAAAGUGAUGAAGUCAACGCACCUGUAGUAAAUAGCAUUGAACUCAUAAAAGGCUACGUUAGUAACAACUUCAACAGUCCGAGAUUAAUGGAGGAGUACCAGGGCCUCAUAACAUAUUACCUGCCUGACCGGACAGUCUCGUGGUCUAAAAUGUUCGGCACCAUGGAGCGGGCUAAGCGCGAGUUGCCAAUCGAAGAUUAUAGCAUUCUACAAACUUCAUUAGAACAAAUUUUCCUGCAGUUCACAAAAUACACACAAGAGGGCGCUCCAGAACAAACUAAUUUGUGAUCUAUAAUCUAACAUUUAUUGCCGCCUUAAUGAGUUUAAAGCAAGUUUAAAGUCAAUAUCCAGUGAUUUAUUGUCACUUAAAAAGUUGUGUCUAUGUAAAAUUUAAUGUAUUGUAUAACGAAGGCGCUCUACAUAUCUGUAACUGAAACAGCUUACCUACUUAAACAUUUAUGGGUGUUCGUUUAUUAAGUUUAUGUGCCAAAAAAUGUACCAAAUAAAUACAUAUUAUUUUUA